AUGGAGAUAUACCAUCCUUUUACCCAAUUGGUGCGUUUACAAUCCAUGCAGAAGAGACAAGAAGACGGGGUGGAAAUGGAACAUCCAAGCACCACGCAACAAGAGACAUCUUUAGAAGCAUCCAGAAGUGCUGGACAACACACAGAAUGCAGUCCACUCACACAUCUGAAGAGCCUCUGGCAGCUAGCCUGUAGAUCUCCAUCCAUCCACCCGAAUCCCCAUUUUCUUUACACACCAUGGUUACCAAGUGAUGUUCUCGCUCUGGAUAUUUGCAGUCUGUUCUGCCAACGGAUUAUUCCUGAUUUCCAAUUAACUUCUUUGAAAAACAUUUAA